AUGAACUCCUACGACGAGAUAUCCAGUAGCCAAAAGUGGCGACAGUACUCUCACCACCACAAGCAGAACCAGAGAAACCACGCUCUCAUCACGGCUAACCAUCACCUUAGAUCAAGCCUAACAUGGCGAGGUUCCGCCGUCCUCUCCUUCGACGCAGACUACGAGACUCCCACUCCCUCCCCAGACGAAUAUUCCUCCCCAGACCCGUAUUCGUUCGAAGACACGUGGUAUUCACCCCCCAGCACCAUCGAACCAACGACGACGCCCCGUCCCCAGUAUUCCGCCAUUGUAACUAUUCGAACCACCACAUGGGUUCUCUCUCGAUCGACGACAAUCACCAGCGUCAUCCUGGAAACGUAUUACUCGACUCUGACCGACGUCGAAGACUCGAACGAGGGAGGAACGGUGACGAUGACGGAGUCGGAUCCGUCCGGCUCCGCUCCGUGUGCGGCCGCGUCUGGCAAUCCUUCGGGAUACGGAUACGAAUGCUCGUCGUCGACUCGGUCGUCCGUCAGAGCCAUGACGACGAUAACGUGGUCGCCCGAGGUAACCGCCUAUCCUCCACCGUCAGUCUCAGACCAAGCCCGCGCGAGCCCAGCCUCGACAUCAACAACUUCGUCAUCAUCAGCAUCGUCAUCAACAACAGCAACAGCAACGGCAACAGACGAGGGGACCGAAACUCCACCCGUGGUAACAGGAGCAGCACCUCCUCCUCUCGGAAAAGCAGACACUCGCGCCAUGGGUGCUGUAGUCGCGCUGCUCGCCAUCCUAGCGUGA